AUGUCCAGCUCCGUUCAAAUCUCCCAUGCCAACAGCUCCAUGUAUUUCGGAGAAGAAAUAUCUCUAGAGCAUCUCCUAAGACGAGACGUUUGGGCAUCCUGGGCUUCCAAUUCUACUCUACGAAUUAACAUCUCUGUUAGAAUACAAACCUCACUAACAAGGAAUUUUUCUUUACCAGAUACAAUGCAGAAAAUUUUAGAGCUAUUAACUCUGCCAUCGGUGUGGUCCUGCUAUGGCCUUAUUGCUACAAAGAAUGGAGUUCUCCAAAACGGAACCAAUACCCUCGAUAUAAUUCUACAUGCUAAGCCAACCAGAAAUCAAGCCACUGGGUGUGGACUGAACAAGUUUCCAAAGUCACUCUGUGCGUUGCUUGAUGGAAACUUAUAUGUUCAACCACCCCCAGAGAUACCUACGGUCCAUAUCCAUGAAGUCGAUAUUCUGCUUGAGUUCUCAAAUGACCCUAGCCCUUCAAAUUUGUUACCAGAAAAUAAUGACGAUCACAAUGCACCUAUCGAUGUGCUGCUAUCCGAUUCUGAUGGAUGGGAAUCACUGGACGACUCUUCUCCCUUUUCCAGUCAAGGGUCAAUAUCUACGUGCAACUCUGAACAUUUGAACUAUGAAUCUUCCAUGCAUAAGAGCAUGACUUCUAAAUGUCUUAACAUCGGCCAUAUACGAUCAAUUAUCUCCCUAUUAGACGCCGGAUUUUCCACUCUCUUAAAUAUACCCUCGUCCAAUACCAGGUCCUUAAGCAGUGUGUCUUCAAAUGAGCCCCAAGUUAGCCUUGCAGAGUUGUCUCCAUGUAUCUUCAGUCCAGGAUACAACAUGGCUAUGUUUCAACGACUUGCUUUUAUACCACUGAUAAUUAAGGGAAUGAGCUCUAUGAUAAAGACCUUGCAUUCCGAUACAUGUGAAUCAGCCGCUUCCAAGAUCCAUGAAAUAUAUAGAUGCAAGAGCCAGAUCGCAGAACCUGAUAUACAAAACAUGCUAAGAUAUAUAUUAUGGAUUCAAACGCAGAAUUCACUUUAUUCCACUAAUGAGAGACCAAAAGCACGUCACCAUUUUGCAACCGCUAUCCCCAAUCAGCAAGGAAUGUUGCGUUUACCAAUGAUUACGAAACAAAAGACGGAUUCAAUUGAUACCCUCUUCGGUACCAGUAUUUGCCCUGAUUCCGAUUGGUAUAUAUUUGAAGACGACGAGGAAGAUGACAUCCUUUUAUCUGAUGAAGCCUACUGCGAAGAACAAGAAGAAUGGUACAAUCCGCCCACCCUACCGAAAUCCAUUGCCAAUAUGGGCGAUUCUUGGUCCAAGACUACGCCGAUAGUAACAGACCAGAUGAUUGACUCGGACGGUAUCUUAUCAUCUUCUCCAUGUUUACUGGCAGAAGUAGAGAUGGACUCUAUACCCGAUCAAUGUUUAGCAGAUGAACCUGGCAGUCGUACGAAAGUAGCAGUGGACUUGGGAGCAGAAACUGACACUGAAAUGGAGAUGCUUCAAUCCUCAUCUCCCAUGAUUUUACCUUUAUCAGCGAACGAGGAGAGCCCUUAUAAUGUUGAAACUGAUAGAAGUGCGGAGUUAUAUACCUUUCCUAGUUUAGAAAGUAGUGAUAUUGAGAUGAUGUUACUAUAG